GCUUGCCCAUGCACCGCAACUGGGCCAACGACGACGACGACGCCGACGGCGCGUGGAUGGACGAGGAGCCGACGACGUACUCGCCCUACUACGCGUCGACGCCGUACGCCCCGCCGCCACUGCCGCCGCUGGGCGUUGACGCCUGGUCCGAGGCCGAAGCCGUCGCCGAGAUCCACGCCGCCAUUGGCGACUGGCAGCGGCGCUUCGCCGUCAACGACGAGACUGACGAUUAUGUGCAGAUGCGGCGCAAGCAAGAUGCGUGGCAGGCCAUCGCGGCCAAGGUCGACCACGUGUCCCGAUACCUCGCCGCGCCGCCGCCCAAGCCAUUGUCGGUGGCGUCGACGCCGCGCCACUCCGAGUCGGAGACACCAGAAGCCAACUGGGCAGGCCUCUGGUACCUUCUCGGUGACAUGGAGGACGACGACCGUCGGCGCAGCUCCGAGUCGCGCAUGCCGGGCGACGCAUACGUCCUCUUGCAGAUCUGGAGCUGUCUCGACAGCCGCGACUUUGCCAACGUCGCCGGCGUCUGCAGCGACUGGUUCCGCCUCGUGUACCACUCAAAGCUCGGGCAGCAGCGCUGGCAGCAAAUCGUCAAGCGCCGCUGGAAGCACUUGGAUUUUGAAAACGACCGCCAUCUGCACGCGCUCUGUCCCGACUACGACUGGCGCAAGCGCUACAUUGCGCUGCAUCGGUACAUUGAACCAAGACAAUAUUGCUGCUAUUAUUGCACUAGACUGGUCGGCAACUGGCGCCACGGACGCCACAACUCGCGCUCACGCCUCGUGCCAACGCCCGCCCCCGCCCGGUCGCUGGCUGUCCUGUCGCCCACGCACCUUGUUGUCGGCGAUGCGCGAGGCCAUGUGCGAUACCUCAACAUCGCCAGCAGCGACGACGAUCCAGUCGUCGAGUACCGAGCCCACGGCUACAGCGUGAGCACGCUCGCGGUGCGCAGCUCGACGCUCGUCAGUGGCUCGAUGGACGGUCUCUUGCUACUCCACGAUACCGAGCGCAUGGCAUCGCUCGGUCGCCUGGAUGGGCACUUAGACGCCGUGACAAGCGCCGAGUUUGUGGCGUCGAGUCUGCUGCUCACAGCAUCGAUGGACGCGACUGUCCGGCUCUGGGACACGCGAUCCGGGGCGCCGCCCGUGGUGUUUGAAGAUGGAUCGACCCAAUUGGGCAUUCGGCACGCGACGAGCUGCCCCGAAGCCCACACCUUUUUCACAUUUGCUGCUGACGGUGUCGCCAGCGUGUGGGACCUUCGCCGUGCAACCACGCCGCUCCGCGUCCUGCGCGACCCUAUUCCUGGCGUCGCCUCGUGCUGGCUCUCGCCUCGGGUGCGCUACAAACUAGAGCUAUGUGCCAACGCCUUGGCUCGUAGACCUGUGUCGUGCUCGACGCGGCCGGCAACUGCACGUGGCUCAAGAAUGGCAAGGUGAGCGGAUCGUACGCCGGCAACGGCAGUCGUCCACUCGGUGUCUAUACGACCGACCUCGACCCGUCGGUGUUGGUCAUCGCCACUUCGGACGGCGUUCAGGUCUGUGGCGAUGCCACGUCAUCGAGCACGAUCGCGGCGUUGUACAGUGUGCCGCUGUCGCUGCGCUGCGUCAGCGCCGACCGCACGUCGCUAUAUGGCAUUGACGUGGCCCACCAACUGCACCAACUCGCUUUUGCCCCGUAACCCUAGCCCGUUACGCUGAACACCUAGCCCGCUUCGGCUCGACCAACCAACGCCUUGUCCUUGUACUAGAUAGAUACUUGGUGUUUCGAAUAACUUUGCAUCCGAAGCGACUCGUCAUCCCCUUCUG